ACCAUUUAGAAUAUAAGAACCACAUGAUCCACAAAUAUAAGAUUCUAUUCUAAUAUACGGAAAUUUGAAGGCAGCCAGAUAUAUUUAUAUUUCAUUUUAUAAGUGUAUUAAACUUAUUGUCUUGAAGUGUUUUUGUCUAUUUAUUUUUAAGUAUUUAAAAGCUUAAAAUACUUUUUGAAGCUUUUUGAYUGGAUGGGUUCUGGCUUAAGAUAGGCAGGUCUAGAUGCUGCCAGGCCCACUCAGAGCCACCCCCAACACUGACAACUUUAUUUCAACAAUGUUGUGGAGUCAGUUUAAUAAUCUCUACUCAUUUACAGAGUUGGAAUGUGAUGAUUGUUACUGUUAGUGCAACAACUGCUGCUCCCUGCUGAAAGAUCAAGGUAAAUAUUGUGAUGACCUUAAUUGAUCUGGGUUAAAUAUUAAUUAAAUCAUCUCUCCCUCCCUCCCUCUGUUUGCCCAUAAGAAGCCUUCAUAAGAUGAGCCAUAUGUCAGCAUGAGCAGCUUCGGACAGGUCCUGAAGGAGGUUGGGGGGUUUGGUUCGUUUCAGAAGCRCUUGCUCGCCGCAGUAUGCAUCCCCGGCAUGUUCUCAGCUUUCGAUGUGAUCGGCCAGGUGUUCACAGGCAUGAGCUUUCCACACCACUGCAACACCGACUGGAUCCUGGUGCCAGGACCAAACCUGACAGAGGAGAAACAGAAGAACCUCACCAUCCCAGUGGACCAGGAUGGAAGGUUCGAAAGCUGUGAAAUGUUCACGCCUGUAGAUCUGGAUUUGGAAACGAUUGAAAGGUACGGCCUUAACAGCACAACAGGAUGCAGAGAUGGAUGGAAGUACGAGGUCCAACCAGGGGCUUCCAGCAUUGUGACAGAGUUUGACCUCGUUUGUGAUAAGAGCGACUUGGCUCAGGUGUCUCAGUCUGUCUUCAUGGCAGGGGUUCUUGUUGGUUCGUUGGCCAUUGGGCCUAUUUCUGACAGGUUCGGCAGAAGAUUCGCCACCCUCUUGUCACUUUUCCUUGCGAUGCUGUUUGGUGUGACCACAUCGUUCUCACCGAACAUCUUUGUUUAUAUGGUCCUGAAGUUUUUCAGUGGGUCCUCGAACGGCAUCAUUAUUAUGAACACGUCUGUAAUGGUGGUGGAAUGGAUUGAUCCUUCGAAGUCUGCUUUUUGCACAGUGGUCAUCAUGAGUUUGUUUUCUGUCGGACAGAUGCUGUUGUCUGGUAUCGCCUACUUGAUCACAAACUGGAGGAUUCUGCAGCUGGUGCUCUUCUCCCCUGUUGUUCUUGUCCUGGUGACCAUGUACUGUUUUCUCCCAGAGUCGGCUCGAUGGCUCGUGACGCAGGGCAGGAAGAAGGAGGCACUGAAGCAGCUGAAGUGGGCAGCCAGAGUCAACAAGAGGAGUUUACCAGAAGGUCUUCUGGAUAAGGUCAAUUUAGAGAGUAAUCAGGACAAAAAGAACAUGUUGGACAUCUUCAGAAUACCAUAUUUGAGAAAAYGCACUGCAAUUAUGGCCUUUAACUGGUGAGUUCCCUCAAGUAAUMRUCCAGUUAUGUUAAACAA